AUGGAAUCAAUUGAAAAUAAUAAUACCAAUAAAACUUGGAUUGUUACUGGAACAUCAAGUGGAAUUGGUUUAGAAUUGGUUAAAAAAUUAUUAAAAAAUGGUUUUAAAGUUUCAGCAUUAACUCGUAAACCUGAAGAAAUUGAAAAUCAAGUAAAACAAAUUAAUUUUGAAAAUGGUAAUUUAUUAAUUGUUAAAACCGAUAUAACAAAUGAUGAAUCUGUAAAGAAUGCUGUUAAAAAAACUGUUGAAAAAUUUGGUAAAAUUGAUGUACUUGUUAAUAAUGCUGGGUAUGGUUUAGUUGGUUCAAUUGAAGAAUUGACCGAUUUAGAAUUUAGAAAGAUUUAUGAUGUAAAUGUAUUUGGUGUUUUACAUCUUCUUAGACAUACUACACCAUAUUUUAGAAAUCAAAGAUCUGGUACCAUCAUUAAUAUUUCAUCACAAAUGGGUUGGGAUAAUAUGGAAAAUUAUUCAGCAUACAGUUCUACUAAACAUGCUGUGAAUUCAAUAACAUUAUCAAUUCAAAAAGAAUUGAAACCAUUUAAUGUUAAUGUAAUUUUAGUAAGUCCAGGUGGAUUUAGAACUGGUUUUGUUGUUGGUCAACAAUCAAAUUUCCAAAUUCCAUCCUCAUUUAUUGAAGAGUAUAAAACAAAUUCAUUAAUUGAAUUAUUUAAUAAAUAUUCCCCAUUAUCAAGAGGUAAUCCAGAAAAAGCUGCUGAUCUGUUAAUUAAAUUAUCUACCACUGAUAAAUUACCAAAUAAUUUAUUUUUAGGAACAGAUUCAUUAACAGCAGCAAAAAAACAAUUAGAAUCUCAUUUAUUAGAAGCUGAAAAAUGGUCAGAAUUAUCAAUUUCAACUGAUUAUUAG